AUGGAAAUCUCUCUCAAUAUCGAGAAAUUUUCUUGGACAAGUUCACCGUUAAGAGAUUAUGGGAAGCUGAAGGCAGUUCAUGUUGAAAUAGAAACAGACAAUCCUUCAUGCAUCCAAAAAACGAAUAAUGUAUCAGACUUGAUAGAUCUCUAUUGGAAAGAGAAUUUCAAAUUCGAAGCAAAUUAUGAGCCAGCGACAUUGUUUUUAUUCAAGCUAAUCGGUCAUACUGAUGAAAAUGAUAUAGAACUUGGAAAUUCAUGUCUCUCAGCCACAAAAAUCAUGAAUUUGGAUCCAAACAAUCUGAGUAUCAUAAUAGUAAAAGAAAACCCCCAUCAAAAUCUCUUUAUAGGGAAAAUUUAUUCAAAAUUUUACAUUCAUUACCAUGAUAUUAACUUACUGGUAAAAGAUUACAUAACUCCUCCUCAAGCUAAGCAUCGGCCUUCCAUUUUUUUACACGCAGACUUCAUCCUUCCUGAUUUUUUUGAUCCUGACAACUACAAACCUUCUGCGAUAAGCCAUUCGAAGCGACAUCCCGAAAACAUUGAAGAAAUACAACGAGAAAUUAGGGAAAGAAGAGCGCGGGUGAAAACUUUGCCAAAAGUCAUUUCCGAAAAAUCACCAGUUAUUGAGGAAAAGAAACAAAUUAUUAAUGAACAGCCGCAAAAUAUUACCGAUAACAACCACGCCAUUGAAUCCGAGCAUGAAUCUUACGAUGAAUCCCAAGUCGAUGACAAUGAUUCAGAGAAAAGUGACAAUACUUCUGAUGAUAACGAAAUAACGACAUCAGAAGAAAUUGAUGAAUCAUCACAAGAAUCUAUCGCUGAUCAAAUUCAAAACGAAAAUACACAAGAAAAUCUCGAAAUUUCUCAGGAUCUUGAUGAAAUUCCUCAAAAUACUAAUGAAAUACAGAAAGUAGACGAGCAAUUACAAGAAAACGAUCUUACUCCAAAGGAAAUCAUCGAAAAACAAAAAACAGAUGAAAUCAUUUCCGAUGAAACUAAAAUUGAGGAACAACCAAUCGAAAAAUCACCAGAAAAUAUCGAAAUACUACAUGUGGAUGAAGAAAAUCCACAAGAAAAUGCUGAAAUUCAGCAAUUUUCAGAAGAUUUAUCCGAAGAAGUGAAAAUUGAACAAAAACCAAACGAAGAAUUACUAGAAGCUGAAGAAAUUUCCCAGAAACUCAACGGAAUUCCACAAUCAUUUGAAAAUAAUUCCGCAGAAAUUUUAUCAGAAGAAAACAAAGAAAAAGCACCUGACAAUGAAGUUAACCCUCAAGAAAAUGUUGAAUUACAGCCAAAUAAUGAAGUUCAAAUUUCAACAACGAUAAUUGAAGAUAAGGCUGAAAAAUCAGAAGAAAUCAACGAGGAACAGGUCGAAAAUACAGAUGUUACGGAACAAAUUACUGAAAUUCCAAAUCAAAGCGAAAAUUUGGAAAAUAUACCAAACAUUAUCGUCGAAAAACCACAAUCGGAAGAGAAACCAUUACAAGAACAGAAAGUUGAAGAGAAAGAAGAAGAAAGCUCCCAAGAAAGUGACGAAAUAUUAAAUAAAUCUCCAGAAAUCAAUGACAAAUUACAAGAAGAAGAUGAAACAUCUACUAAUGAUAACGAGCAACCUCUAUUUGAAGAAGAAAAAUCACAAAUUCUGGUUGAUUUUUCACAAUUUGAUAAAUCUGAUGAUGUUUAUGAAGAAACAAUCGAAGAUACAAAGGUUACUAUCUACAGACCACAAAACUACAUGAUGUUGAUUGAUGAAAUCCAAGUUUUGUUUAAAGAUUGUCUCCAGUAUCGUAAACUUCCAGAGAAACCACGUCAGGAACAAACAAACAACGAUGAAGUUGAGGAACCAGCACCAGAAAUCAUUGAAAACGAAGUUAUUGUUCCUAAUGAACAAGAAAAAGUGGAAGAAACAAUUCCAGAACAAGAGAAAGUACAAGAAGAAGUACUUGAAGAAUCUAAAGAAGAUGUAUCAUUGCAAACAAACGAAAAAAGUCAAAUUCCAGAAGAAUCUGUUGAAAAAAUCGAAGAAAUUCAAACAAAAGAAGAAGAAAUACAAACAGUCGAAGAAUUACCAGAACAAGAUCAAUCUGAAGAAUCAGUCAUAAACAGUGAAGAAAUCAAUGCUGCUGAUUCAAUAUUAGUACCUGUUGCAGAACAACAACCAAUUGAAGAAGAAAAGAUUUCUAAUGAAAUUAUUUCAGAAAUUGAAGAAAAACAACAAGAAACAUCAUCAAAAGAGAUGGAAUUUCCUUCAGAAACUGUUUCCAGAGAAAUUAUACUACCACAAGAAGAAAUUAGUCUUGAAGAAGAGAAAAUUGAAGAAAUUCCACAAGAAGAAGUUAAAAUUGAAGAAAUUCCACAAGAAGUUAAAAUUGAAGAGAAAGAAGAAGAGAAAAUUGAAGAAAUUCCACAAGAAGAAGUUAAAAUUGAAGAGAAAGAAGAAGAGAAAAUUGAAGAAAUUCCACAAGAAGAAGUUAAAAUUGAAGAGAAAGAAGAAGAAAUCAUUGAAACUCCUUCAGAAGCUAAAGAACAAGAGAUUAUUUCUGUUGUUAAUCAGAAACAAAAAGAAGAAGAAACAGAAGUCAAACAACAGACAGAGUUAGAAGAAGAGAAAGCUGAGACACAAUCAGAAACAGUUUCAUAUGAAUAUGAUGAAGAAAAACAACCAAAUGAAACUGAAAUUAAAGAAGAAACAGUUUCAUACGAUCUCAGUGAAAAUGAACAAAUCAAAGAAAUUCCAUCAGAAGAAACAAUUCAACAAGAAAAGAUUGAAGAGAAACAACAAGAAGAAAAUGUUUCUAAUGAAGAAAUCAAAGAAACAUCUCCAGAACAAGAAAUUAUUGUUUUCAAUGAAGAAAAGAUUACAGAAGAAUUCAUUGAAACAGAGAAGAAGUUACCUGUUGAGAAACAAACAGAAGAAAUUAAAUCUAUUUCAUAUGAAUCAGAAGAGAAUUCAUACAACGAAAGUGAUUACCAGCAUCAAACUGUUUCAGAUGCAGUUACUGACACAGUUGAAUCAACUCAAGAUGAAAACAUCGAAAUUAAAGAAGAAAUUGUUAUUAAUCCACAAGAAGAAGAGAAAAUACCAGAAAAAGAACUUGUUAUACAAGAAGAAAAACUUACAGAGAAAGAAGAAAUCAAACAACAAGAUAAAGAUGAAGAAAUUAAAAUCCAAGAAGAGAAAACUAAUAUUUCUCCAGAAGAAGACAAACAAAUUAUUGUUUCAGAAGAAGAAAUCAAACAACAAGAGAAUGUUGAAGAAAAUAUUCUUAUUGUUCCACAAGAAGAAGAAAUUGAGAUUCAACAAAAUAAACCAAUUGUUGUUUCAGAAGAAGAAAAAGAGAAACCAAUUAUUGUUUCCGAAGAAGAAGAAAACAAACCAAUUGUUGUUUCCGAAGAAGAAGAAAAAGAGAAUCCAAUUGUUGUUUCAGAAGAAGAAAAAGAGAAAACUAAAAUUGAAACAAAUCAUGAACCAGAGAUUUCUUCUAUUCUUGUCAGUAGAGAUCUACUCGAUGAAUCCAAUUACGAGACGAUGGAGUCAAAUCUGGAAGAUUUCGAGCCACAGACAUCAGAUUUCAAAGUUUCUGGAACAAUUCUCAACACGCAAAACUUCGAAGAAAACACAACAAUUUAUUUCGUUUUCAAGUCAAUGAAACUUGGAAAAGAAAUAAGAACAAGGCCGCAGAAGGCAACAACAUUUUCAUACCAGUUCUCUCUAGAUGUAGAUAAGAAGUUCAAAGAUGAUUCCGUCCAAGUUUAUUUGUUUGAUUCGAAGAACAACAGUUUUCUCUCACAACUAUCUAUUGAUUUCAAGAACAAACAAUCACACAACAUCUAUGAUGAGCGUUGGAAAGUCGACAAACGAAGAAUUGUUAGAAUUAAGUGGUGGAUCAACCACAAAGUAUCUUCAAAUCAAAUUCACGUUGAUACCAUUAAAGAACGUGAUAAUCCAAGAAUGUUUAGACAGCCGUACAUUUGGAAGAGACCUGAUUUCAGCAAUGAAGCUUAUAUUUAUUUGGAGAGUGAUUUAUUCGCAUCAGAAGAUGAUCAGAACAAUCCACCAAUAAAGAAGAAGAGCAGAUUCAUCACAAACUCUUCUUCUGAUGAUGAACAAAUCCAAAUAUCAAAGAAACAGUCUAAAACCAAACAAAAAUCAGUUCAAAAAAUCAAAACAAACAAGAACUGGAAUGAUGAUGAAGAUGAUAUUAUUCUUGAAAACAGAAAAUCAUCUCAAUCAAAAUACUUAUGCACGGAAGAUGAUAAAGAGAACGAACUCAGUCUUCCUGACCAUAAGAGACACAAAACACCAAGAAAAAGGGAAGAAAAUAGCCAUAGAUAUAAAAUUAAGUCUCCUGAAUUUCAUUCAGGAACAAAAUCACCCAAAAAAGAUACUCACCAUCAUUCGAAUUUACCAACAAAGACAUCUGGACCUAAUAUUCCUAAAAAUAGAUCAAUUAAUAACAAAAUUUCUGCGCAGAAUGCGGAAAAGAAACACCAUCAUAGCAAACACGCAGAUAAAUCACCAUCUGUGGAAAUUGCUCAUAAAAAGUCCGAUGCAAAGCGAAUGAAAAGUGGAUCUUAG